CGCUCCUGUAGUGUGCCCUGCUCGCGCGUGAGCUGAGCAGACAAAACACUCAUCGUUAUGGCCACGGGCGGCAGCCGGGCUCUCCAGGACCAGGUCAUAUCCCUCUCCGCCCGCAUCAAGAGCCUGAUCAAUGCCGAUCUAAAAGAAAUAUGCAGAGGCGAGAACCUCGCGGUAUCUGGCGUCAAGGCGGGCCUCCAGGCCCGUAUCAUCCAGCGCUUGGAAGAGCUUGCUUCAACCGGUGACUCCGCGGGCAUCGAAAGACUGAGAUAUCGAGUUCAAAACCACGGCCACGCCCCGCCCGACACGCAGCCUCCUACAUACCAGACCAGCGCUGCAGCUGGCCUCAAUAUGCAGGGCCAGAACGGAUUUGGAAGACCACCUGGUCAGGUCCAGCCCCACCGGCCAUCGUUUCAAACCCGGAUUCUUUUCAAGCAGUCCCCGUUCUACGAGAUACAAGACACCCUUUCUUCGCCUAUAUAUCUCGAAGUUACGCCAGCUCAUAGAACCAACGCCAAUGGCCACAUCACACUCAACGAGGCCACCUGUGCGCUGCUGAGAGCGGAUACCAAUAUGCGAGUCAUGAUCUAUUCAGCGAGUGAGGGCCCUCUGGAUGCAUUCUCGCGGACGGAUAUUAGUUUCCCAACGCAAAUGGAGGUGAAAAUCGGCGCCGACGAGGUGAAGGCCAAUUUCAAAGGCCUCAAAAACAAGCCGGGGUCAACACGGCCGGCCGACAUUACGGACCAGAUCCGAAAAGUUCCUGGAUACAGGAAUAAUAUCCAGAUCGCAUAUGCCCUAACUCAAAAGAGAUUCACCAUAAUCAUCCAUCUGGUCAAAAAGCGCUCCGUGGAGGAGCUUACCCAGAGAAUCCAGGACAAGGGAGUGAUUGCUAAGGAGACCACGCUUCGCGAAAUGCAAAAGAAGGCAAACGAUCCAGACCUCGUGCUCGGCUCGACGGUCAUGUCCUUGAAAGAUCCGGUAUCCACAUUACGGAUCGCCAUCCCUUGCCGCAGUGCGAUCUGCAACCACAACCAGUGUUUCGACGUCUCAUCUUUCCUCCAACUCCAAGAGCAGGCUCCUACGUGGACAUGUCCUCAAUGCAAUAAAGUGGUAACAUUCGAGUCGUUGGCUGUAGAUCAAUAUUUCCAAGAAAUAUUGCAAUCAGUGCCGCGAUCGACAGAUCAGGUGACGAUCGAGCCUGACGGGAGCUGGUCGCAGGGGAGCAACACCGAGAACCAGACCCCUAGAAACGGCACCGUAGCGAAGUAUGAGGAUGAUAGCGAUGAUCUGAUAGAAAUAUCGGAUUAUCGCGUCAACAACCUCAAAACUGAAGCCGCCAGCACUCCGCUUUCCCUCGCCCGCACACCACCAAUGUCUUCACGGGAGGCCUCGACGGCACUCUCAGCACCGAGAAGCAGCCACAAGCGCACAUCAGACGUCAUUGAUCUGACGUUGAGCGAUGACGACGAGCCACGACCAGCAAAGAAGACCUCAAGGUAGACGUACGUCGAAGCCGGACAUUGACAGCGGGAUCGCGCUCUUU